CUGGAUAUGAGAGACGCAGUGCAAGAAUGGUGAGGACAGAGGGUCUAUUUUAGUGAGCCACUCACAUGAGCUCUGGAAUCUAUAUAUCUACCCUGAUUCUCCCCGUCUCGUCUCAGAAAAAGACGCCCGUGAGUAUUUGUCACCAUAAGAUAGAUUUAACAGGGGGCAACACAUACAACUGCAACCAUGUCUGAAGGGUCUUCGAAACCAAAGCCAAAGAUCACUGCAUCGCGCAGACUGUUCCUGAAGACCAAACUGCUAAAGAAGGCCAUGACUAUGCUGGACAAUGACAAGCAGUUCAGAAAAGAUGAACGAGAGAGAACCCUCUCUGAGAGAGUCCCAAAACUGCAAAUGUCAGGCCUGUCUUUGCAAGAACUACAGAAUCUUUGCAAAGAGCUACACCAGAAAAUUGAUGUGGUUGAUGAAGAGCGGUACGACAUUGAUUCUAAAGUGACAAAAAAUAGUCGGGAGAUACAAGACCUGUCUCAGAAGAUCUUUGAGUUGAAGGGCAAGAUGAAGAGACCGGCCCUGAAGAGGGUGAGGGUGUCUGCUGACGCCAUGCUGGGAGCUCUGCUGGGCUCUAGGGUCAAAGAGUCUGUGGACUUCAAGGCCAACCUCAAGACUGUGAAGAAAGAGGAGGAGAAGAAAGAGGAAGUGACUGACUGGCGUAAGAACGUGGACGCCAUGUCUGGUAUGGAGGGCAGAAAGAAGCUGUUUAAUGCUGGGCAGUAGAGUUUAGGUUGAAUUACUCUGUAAAGAUUUGCUGCUCUAUAAAACAGGUGGAAACAGUGGAUCAUAAGACUGUUUUUCACUCUAUAAUGACGGUGAAGACCAGGUUAACAAGUAGCUUGUGAAAAUGAGAAAAAGGUAAGGUGUUUACCUUUAUGAUAAUUCAUAUAAUACAUAUAUUUUUUUACAUAGUGUCUGAUGGACUAUGGUAAAAUAUAAGUAUAUAUAAUAUCACUGUGUUGGUUUUGUAGUAUUAGCUUCCUUAUGAAUUAAUGAACACAAUACCACUUUUGGCUCACGUCUAGUAAUGUUAUGAUGUUACUUUUUGACCUCUGCUAUAUAGCUACAAUAACAGGCAAGGCUCAAAGAAAAGGCAGAUUUGUCUACAAUUAUCAUUUCAUCGAUUUCAUCAACCAUCAAUUAACAUUUGUGCAAUUUAUACUUUGCCUGUAUUGACAACAAAAGUAUCUUUUGAUGCAUGGCCUACAUUAAGAUGACAACAUAGACUAUGAACAUUUCUGUGUAUCUUUGUGCUAUCCAAAGAAAAACAAUGUUUCUGUUAGAUUGAAAGAAUACACAUUCCAGGGGGAGCUAAACUUGGCAGUCACUUGUUCAUGGAGACAAAUAAAGUUAGCAUCCUGGAAAAUGAAUGUGGCAUUAAAGUAAGACAUUAUGAUGAGAAGCAGUGUUAUAAAUUGUGCAUCAAAUAAUAAAAUGUUAAUGAUAUUGCU